AUGCCCCACUGGUGUGAAGACCCCAAGUUCAGUCAGGCGUUUCAGUUCAGCCUACACUCGAGUUGGAAUCAAUUUGAAUUAACUUAUUUAUAUGCUUUUCUGUUCCACAGCUACAGACUGGCAACAAGUCCUCCACUGAGUCAGGAAUUCCAGUCGGCAGUUGACUCCAUUCCCCCUUAUUCCUCUAAAACUGCGCCAUUAUAUCACAAUCUGAUUGACACUUAUGGAACACAUUACAUCACACAAGUGUCUCUUGGAGGUGAAAUUAAAGCAACCACUGCUGUCAAGACCUGCAUGGCUACAAUGAAUGGACUAACAGAUACUGAUGUUAGUGACUGUUUGUCAGUUGAAGCUUCAGCUACUUUUGCAAAUUCUGCCCGUAUUAAAGCAGAGUAUGAACACUGUCAGAGAAAGAAAAACAAGUUGGGGUCUAAUCAAAGUUUCAGCAGUUCAUUUAAUGAGCGGCGCACAGAAGCCAUUGGUGGAGAUAUUGAUGGAGGUGAUAUCCUCUUUGCAGGCCAAUCUGACCCCUCGGCCUAUAAAAACUGGCUCAUUUCUCUUAAAAGUAUCCCUGACGUGGUCCAAUACAACUUAAAACCCCUACACACCAUACUGCCAUUAAAUCAUCCUGCCAGGGCGGGACUGAAGCGAGAAGUGGAGCAGUACAUUAAGAAAAAUGCAGUGCUGAAGAAAUGUUCAGAAACCUGUAAGAUUGGGCACCGAUCAAACGCAAGAGAUCCUUGUGCUUGUGUCUGCAACAGUAACCAGAACAUCAAGUCAAACUGCUGUCCUGCUGGGAAAGGUCUGGCAACCUUAAAGGUGUUCAAACUUUAUGCAAAGGGUCUGUAUGGUGACAAGUGGACUCAGACAGAUGGUUCAGUGGAGGUGACAUAUGGUGAUCAGAAAAAGCGCACUGAUAUUAUAAGUAAUGAUGACAACCCUAGAUGGAGAGAAACAUUUGAGUUUGGAACCAUCACCAUCAACAUGAAAAACAAACUUAAAUUUUCUGUGUAUGAUGAGGACACUUACUGGAACAGUGAUCUGUUAGGCAAGUGUUCAUUUGAUCUGCGAGCAGGGAAGGUGAGCGACAGCUGCAUGCUGAAUCAUGGGACCUUCUUCUUUUCCUACAUCGUAGAGUGUGCACCAAGUCUUAGUGGGAACCAGUGUCAGGAGUAUAUCCCCUCGGCCAUGAGUCCGUCUUUGGCUGAGGUUUUCCACACCAGAAAUGGGGUUCUUCUUGGAAAGAUUGGGAAUAAGUAUGAGGAGUCAGUAAAUGUGUGAGUUCAAUGCUAAAUG